AUGACCGAUAUUGACCAAUUGCUUUCUAAGUUGACGCUGGAGGAGAAGGUGUCUCUACUGGCCACGGUGAACAGGUGGCGGACUCCGGUAUUUCAACGAGACGGGGUUUUCGUGCCACAUAUCAAGGCGACUGACGGACCCAAUGGUGCCCGAGGCGAGAGCUACGUGAGUGGCAUCAAAGCGGCCUGUUUCCCUUGUGCCACGAGCCUAGGCGCCACCUUUGAUCGGCCCUUGGUCUACCGUGUGGGCGAAGAGGUUGCGAAAGAAGCAAAGAAAAAGGCAGCUAAUGUUCUGCUUGCCCCAACCUUGAACGUCAUUCGUUCCCCUCUUGGCGGCCGAAACUAUGAGACCUAUUCGGAGGACCCGUUGGUGUUGGGAGAAUUGGCGUCUGAAUUCGUCAAAGAUAUGGAACACUCUGGAUACUCCCACCUUGUUGCACACUCCUGCUCAAGAACCAGCGGAAGACUCUCGGCGGAAAUUGACGAGCAGACCCUCCGGAAGAUAUAUCUUCUUCCUUUUCAGUUGGUUGUUAAAGAUUCUAACCCGCUAUGCUUCAUGACAAGCUACAACCUCGUGAAUGGCACUUAUGAAGCUAAGGAAGUCGCGAUCGAAAACCCUGGUCGCGAUGCGUUUAUUCAUGAUGCGGCAGCGGAGGGAAUGGUGUUGUUGAAGAACAGCAAUGACAUUCUGCCACUCCCUGCCCCUUCCGAGAAUUUCAAGGCCGCUAUGAUCGGUCAAUUUGCCGGCGUUGCCAGCCUGGGUGGUGGCGGCAGUGCUAGAGUUGAUUCAAUCCGCGCAGUCAGUCCACUCGAGGGAAUGGACACGGCAGGCUACCGGACCCAGUUUUCACCUGGGGUGCCUGUGUUCAAAGUUAUUCCUCAUGCUCCCACCGAGAUGAUCCUGGGAGCCGGUAAUCCUGGCGGAAAUAAUGAUAACGGCGACGAUGUCAGGGUGGAAUGGUACAAUGGCAACGUGAUUGGAGAGAACCUCGCCCAUACAGAGAUGAGAGCUACACCCGAUGGGCAUCAUCAUCGCUCGAUCAUCACAACAGGACGAGCCAAAUGCUACAUCGAGGACCAGCUCCUUUAUAAAAGAAAGCAAGAGACAGACCUGAGUCUGGAGUCUUUUUACUUCUUCAAAGCAAAGCUUGAGCGCCGGUUUGAUUAUCCGAUGGAGGCUGGCCGUCGCUACACCGUUGUCGUGGAGUCAUGGGCGACCGAGCCAGAGCUUUGCACGCUAAGCCACUCUAUGGCAGCCGUCGAGGUGGAGCGUCAAGCCAAUGUCGCCGUUGUAUGCGUUGGCAACACAAACGAGAUUGAAUCGGAAGGAUUCGACCGUGACACUAUGGACCUCCUUGGCUGCCAGAAUGACGUGAUUCAGGCCGUGGCAGCCCAGAACCCCAGGACAGUCGUUGUCAACUUCUCGGGGGCUGCUGUGUCGCUGACUCCUUUCCUUGAAUCUGUCGGCGGGGUCGUCCAAGCCUGGUUCCCUGGCCAAGAGUGUGGGCAUUCCCUGGCACGAGUUCUCACGGGGGCGAUCAAUCCGUCCGGUCGGCUGCCAUUCUCAUGGCCCGCUCGGAUUAAGGAUAAUUCGUCGUACGGAAACUUCCCAGCCAACUCAGACGGAGUUCUACGGUAUGAGGAAGGUCUGGCCGUGGGAUAUCGGUACUACGAUAGACCGACGUCGGCACCACUCUUCCCUUUCGGAUUCGGUCUCUCGUAUACCUCUUUUGAAGUAGACGAUGCUCCGAAUUUAGAGCAAGUUACUCUUCAGGGACCAAAUGACCUUGUCGAAGUUUUCGCCAUGGUUCGAAAUCUCGGACAACGAGAGGGCAGGGUGGCGGUUCAGUUCUACGUGGGCAUGUCCGAUCCUUCAGCUGCGCGUGGUCAGAAAAGACCAUUCAAGGAGCUGAAGGGGUUUGCCAAGGUUCAUAUUCGCCCUAAUUCCCAGGAGCUUGUGUCUGUCAUCCUCGACAAAUACAGUGUUAGCUACUACGAUCCUGAAGAUGCAUGCUGGCGAGCUGAUGGGGGCCGAUAUACUAUCUAUGCUGGACUCUCGGCGAUGGAUAUUAAAGAGACUGCCAUUUUGGAUAUCCCUGGCAGCUCUUCUUUUUGA